AACUCUCUCACAACAUCUGUAGUCUCAACCAGCUCUGCACCUAAAUCCAUUAUAAAUAUCCACCCAAAUCUACCAUUUCCAAUUCAACCAAACUCUCAAAAGCCUUCUCACAUAUUCAUUUCUCUCUCUCUAACUUGUUCAGCUACCAGUUAUUCAUUUAUCUCUUACAAAUUACAAUGGCAAAAAAUGUGGCUCCUCAGUCUCCCUUUGAGAAGAACAGCCUGACCUCAAUUGAUCAGCUGGCCUUGGCUAAGCGCUGCUCUCAUGAGGGUGUGAAAGCAGGAGCUAAGGCAGCUGUGGUUGCUACCAUUGCCACUGCCAUUCCAACUAUGGCUAGUGUGAGAAUGCUACCUUGGGCAAGAGCCAAUCUCAAUCCCACUGCGCAGGCCCUCAUAAUCUCCACAGUGGCUGGAAUGGCAUAUUUCAUCGUGGCUGACAAGACUGUUUUGGCAACUGCAAGAAGGAACUCAUUCAAACAAGCUGCUAACCGUGAAGCAUGAGUUCAUCGCUAACCUGGGUUUAAGUUCCUGUUUUUGUUGGCCUGUGAAUCCAUCAUCUUGAUAAUAAAUAAAUUGAGAUGGAUUUUCAUUUCUAAUAGCACUAGAGCAAUGAUGUGUACUUAGUUAUCAGCUUUUAUAUGAACGCAAUAUUUCUUCCAUCUUAA